AUGUCUUUCCGAGGAAGAGCGGGCCAGAGGCCUAUUUCGCUCCACGAGACCGCUUCUAAGUCUUCGACAUGGACGUGUCUUCUCUGCCAGCAGACGCGACCCUCUCUGCGGUUCUCGACCUCCGCAAGAGCAAGACAGGAGCAGCAUCAGAAUAAGGGUCCUUUCAGGACAAGAUUACGUACGGCCUUUGGAGACACCAAGGUCCAAUGGAAGUACAGGAUUCCUGUUGGACUUGGUAUCGGCUUUCUUGGAGCUGUACAAUUCUACAGAGUGCAGGAGCGGGAAAAGAAAAGACACCAGGCAGAGCAGGAUGCGCUGGAAUCGACUAAAGAUAGCAAGGGCAGGCCCAGAAAGAGAAAACGCAUACGGCCAAGCGGCCCCUGGCAGGUACAGGUUAUGUCAACUCUCCCGUUGAAGGCGGUCUCAAGAUUGUGGGGGCGCUUCAAUGAGCUUGAAAUACCCUACUAUUUGCGGGUACCCGGUUUCAGGCUAUAUUCUUGGAUCUUUGGGGUCAAUUUGUCUGAGGCUGCCGAGUCUGAUCUCCACCAGUACAAGAACCUCGCUUCCUUCUUCUACCGCACUCUGAAGCCUGGAGUACGCCCAAUAGAUACUAAUGCGUCCGCCCUGCUGUCUCCCGCCGACGGCAGAGUCCUGCAGUACGGUAUGAUUGAGAACGGAGAAGUAGAGCAGGUCAAGGGCAUGACGUAUAGCCUUGAUGCCCUCCUGGGCACAGAAUUUCCAGAGAGAUCAAAAGCAGAGGAAGAGAGUCCAAAGCCAAAGGAAUCAUCGGUCACGGCUGGAGAUGAGGACAUCGUCAAGGCUGACGAGGAAUUUGCCACCGUGAAUGGCAUCUCGUAUACGUUACCAAAUCUCUUCUCAGGAUCCAAGCUUCAAGAAGGUUCCAGCGCCAUCGACAUGUCGACGACACCGCGUUCCUCGUCAGAGAGUGAGGUUGGUGCCGACCUUGCUUUGGGCGACGGCAGUUGCCAAUCGUGGUUCUCUUCAACCUCGAGGACGCCAACAGCUCUAUACUAUAUUGUGGUGUAUCUAGCACCAGGAGACUAUCAUCGCUUUCAUUCUCCCGCGUCAUGGGUUGCCGAAAAGCGCCGCCAUUUUGCAGGAGAGCUCUACAGUGUCUCGCCAUAUUUACAGAGAACAUUGCCCGGACUAUUCACUCUCAAUGAAAGGGUGGUGUUGUUGGGUCGUUGGCGAUGGGGGUUUUUCAGCUUCACACCCGUUGGAGCAACCAAUGUUGGAUCAAUCAAGAUCAACUUCGACCGUGAACUACGCACAAACAGCCUGACCACUGACACAGCUGCAGAUAGAGCGGCUGAAGAAGCAUCCAAUCGUGGAGAGCUUUACUCAGGGUUUGCGGAAGCUACUUAUGGAGAGGCAAGCAGAAUAUUAGGGGGUCAUGCACUGCGAAAAGGAGAAGAGAUGGGAGGUUUCCAAUUAGGGAGCUCUAUCGUUUUGGUCUUCGAAGCACCCAAAGGGCGUCGUAAAAGCUUCGACGACGGGUGGGCUGAGGGAUCAAGAAAGGGUGGUUGGCAAUGGGGUGUCCAACAGGGACAGCAAGUAAAGUACGGUGAGACAAUCGGUUGGGUCGAAGAGACAUGA